AUGUAUUUCCAUUUUAACUCCACAAUCGAAAUCCAACACGAGCAAAGAACAUGUGCAGCCAUUUUACUUGCAUUGAUAAGCCUAGUUGGUGGAGCUGUGAAUGCUUAUAUAGCUUCUGGUUUCAUGUUUGGUAUUAAAUUCCGUGGAGGAUUCUUUAUUUUUUCGAUUUCAAAGGCGUUUUCCAAUAUUCUAACUUGCUCUUUGGUGUUUUUCUGGUUGGUUCCAGCAGUUUUUGCGAGAGACAAUUUAGUUUCUAACUACGUAAAUAUGUUGUUGAGUCAAUUAUUGCUUUUUGGACUUUAUAUACAAGGAACCUUAACGCAAUGCUACCUGGCAUUGAACAGAUUUGCAACAAUAUGCUUUGUUGGCAGUGUGAAAAGAGAAAAUGCUGAUAUGAUUGCACUGGGAGUAUUAACUUCAUGGUUUGCAGCAAUUAUUUGGACACUUUUAGGUUAUCCAGAAUGCACUUGCUACUUCUCAUCUGAACACCUCACUUUCAUAUACUUCGACGAUUGCCACAUCGCAAACUACCAACUUCAGCUCUAUUGUGCCUUUGUUCUAAUGAUGAUUUUCAAUAUGCUCAACGUCAUCAGUUUCCUCAUUAUUUGUUGUGGCGGAGCGAAAUCUGUAAGCUUCUCAUGCCGUAAUGCACCACGUAGAAAACAAAGAAACGCAAAAAUGUUUAUUCAGUGUAUGGCUCAAUCAUUGCUCUAUAUCAUAGAUGUCUUCUUGAUCUCAUCUCUUCAUUCUGGAUCAUUCGGAGACAUUCUUGUUGCGCUUCCUUCUAUGGCAUUCUUGGCUCUGUUCGAUGGAUUAAUCAUGCUUCUGUGCAAUAAUGACAUUCAGCCAGCUUGUAUUGCUUCGAAAAAUCUUCAGAAGAAGAGCUCAGUCAUUUCAAUUUCAGCUAGUGAUUUCCGAUAA